GUAGACGCAAACAGCGUAGGCGUUACUCCCAGUUUUUUGCAGCUCCCACUCUGUUCCAAAAAUAGUACAGCAAGGAGCACGCUGCUUGGUGACAUCCGUCAGGGACCAAAUGACGAUGAGACCAUGUGCCUGGACAUCAGCAGAAUGAACCAGAAGCAGAGCUGGGAUGUAAUGCACGUGCAGAGGUGCUGACCGCUUCGUGUUCCUUAAAAUCAAUGGAGAGAGAUCUUAGCAAAAGAUGAAAUUAAAUAGUUUUAAAUGUUAUUGAAAUAUAUAAAAAAUAGUAAUAUCAUUCCAGAGCGCUGCAAAAAUACGUUGCACUGAGCUAGAGCGCUUUCCAUCAAGAAAAGGGGCAAUGGGAAGCCACAGCAGAAUGUCACUGCAUCCACUCAAGUUUCUGUUCACACUGCAUGCAAUGCACCUGGUCUUUAGACCACACCUGUGCCAUAAUUCCUAAGUGCUCUUAAUUCUUUUGCAAUUCUAAACCUGAGCAAAAUACACUUAAUUAGGCACAGACCGGUUGGAGAAAUCAGAUAAGACUUGCUGGCAGGCAGCCGCUUCCAGGAGAUGCAUCUGCUGAAGGACGGAGACGUUGUGCAAGUCGGGGAGAGCAUCACCCAGCCGUGGGCUGGCGGCAGGGAGAGCACUUGCAGUGAGACGCGAGGGUGUCACCUCUGCGGAGAAGAAACUCGCAGACGGCAGCGGUGGUGGCUUUCUGACUCCGGGGACGGGUGCCUGAGCCCCCCACGGUGGGAUUGGCCACCGGCAUGGACGGCGACGACACCAUCACCACCGAGGUCUGCAAAGAGGCAGAUGUUGGGGAUGGAGAGCUUUGGGACGUGAUGGUGGCUGGCUACCCGGUGCUGCUGGUGAGGAACAAGAAGGAGUUCAGAGCCCUGGGCAGCAAGUGCCCCCACCACGGUGCCCCGCUCAGCAAAGGAGUCUUGAAAAGGGAGAGGCUGCGCUGUCCCUGGCAUGGCGCCUGCUUUAACAUCAAAACUGGAGACAUUGAAGAAUACCCUUCUCUGGACUGUCUUCCCUGCUUUAAGGUAACAGUGGAAGAUGGAAAGGUGUUUGUUACAGCAAAAAAGAAGGAUCUUGAAAGCAGCCUGAGGGUGAAGGACACAAGCAAGCGAUGCCUUCUCAACCGGGAGACGAUGCUGCUUCUGGGGGGAGGUGUGGCUGCCCUGGUGUGUGCAGAGACACUUCGCCAAGAGGGCUUUACUGGCAGGAUCAUCAUGGUCACCGAAGAGAAACAUGUUCCAUAUGACAAGUCCAAACUGACCAAGGAAAUGAACUUGAAAGCUGAGGACAUCUACCUGAGGAAACCUGAAUUCCUUGAUGCUCACGGCAUAGAGUUCUGGAUGGAAAAAGAGGCAGUGUCGGUGGAUUUCCAGAAGCAGAAGGUCUGCUUCAUGGAUGGGUCCUCUCAGAAGUACAAUCGGCUGCUCAUUGCAACAGGCAGCCACUCCAGCUUCCUCAAAGUCCCAGGUGCAGACCUGCAGAAUGUGUGCAUUCUCCAAACCCCUGAAGACUCUAGCAAGAUCUUAGAGCUGGCAACUGGGAAGAAUCUGGUGAUCGUAGGAGCUUCAUUCAUAGGAAUGGAGAUAGCUGCCUUCCUCUCAGACAAGGCUGGUGCCAUCUCAGUGGUGGAAAAAAAGGAGUUCCCUCUCCAGAAUGCACUGGGUCCGCAGGUUGGAGGUGUCGCCAUGAAGAUGCUGCAAAAUAGGGGGGUGAAGUUUUACAUGAAAACAGAACUCUGUGAGCUGAAAGGAAAGGAUGGAAAGGUCGCAGAGGCUGUUCUUGCCAGUGGAGAGAAACUACCUGCAGAUGUGGUCGUGGUGGGAAUAGGGGUGUUCCCCAACUCAGCAUUUCUGAAGGGCACCUCCAUCGCCAGAGAUGACAGCGGUGCCAUCCUGGUGGAUCUGCGCAUGCAAACCAACAUCCCAAAUGUUUUCGCUGCGGGAGAUGUGGUCUCCUUUCCUGUAGCGCUGCUCAACGGGGACCGGUCCAGCAUCCAUCACCAACAGGUGGCUGAGGCCCAUGGUCACACUGCUGCCUUAAACAUGCUGAAAAAAGACAAGGAUUUGCACACUGUUCCCUUCUUCUGGACCACAAUGGUUGGGAAAACCAUCCGCUAUGCAGGUGAGUGAAUCCGUGGCCAGUCUGUGCCCCGACGUGGCAGCACCCUGGGAACAGGGCACGGUCUCCUCUCCCUUAUGGCCUGCAGAGCUCCCGCAGAGGCUCCACAUCACCUCCCAUGGCUGCGCACCACAGGCAACUGCUGGCCGUUGAACCAGCAGUGAGAUGGUUUCAGAGAAAACCAAAGCAGGGCAGGGAAGGAGAAGAGGAUGAGCUUCCAUGAAGACACCAGCUGGGCAGAGAGCCUGGGACACGUCUCCUCUCCCUCUGCCCCACUGCUCCCAGGCUCGGUGCCCAGCUCCCAGCAGCGUCAGGCGAUCUGCCACAAGUUCCCGUGCACCCUGCAGUACCAGCCACCCUGCCCCGAGCCCUCCAAAAUACAGCUGGCCUCCAGCCAGGGUGCCACAGGGAUGCUACCGUGCUGAGUUAUGUACACUGAAGAGAUCUACAUUCUUCCGCUUUCCCUUUCAGGGAUGGCUCCGUGACUGCAGCUGCCAGCCUGAACUGUGACCCCAUGGUGUCUCUGAUUGCAGAAGUUUUAUACUCAGGGAAACAAAUCUCUAAAGAAGAAGCAGA